AUGGUGAGCCACCCACUUGUGGCCUUUGUUUCGGGACGUAUUGCCUCGGCUGCUGGGACCGAAGUCGAUGGGACCAACUGUCAGCUAGAAGUACCAGAAGAUGCGGUCUACAAGGACCCGAAGGCAGACCUUUCUGACCGUGUGGCUGACCUCCUGUCUUACAUGUGUUGGGACGAAAAGAUCGCUCAAAUGGGGGGCGUCGGCGGAAUCCUUGGGCAGAACAGUACCUACGAUGCUGCCCAAUAUCUGGACAGAGCAAAGCUGCACAACGGAACCAUCUCUCCCGGUUCAUACCUCAACUACGCUAAAGAUGCGGUCCCUGUCCUAUCGGAUCUCAUCGUCGCCUCCAAGAAGGAACACCGGCUCGGCAUCCCUUUCGUUCACAUUGGAGAUGCGGUCAAUGGCCCGACACUGCGUGGCACUACCCUGUUCCCGGAAACCCUGACGAUGGCAAUGGCCUGGGACCUACCUCUCUAUACCACUGUUGCCGCAGCGCUGAGGGAUGAGCUUCAUGCGUGUGGAAUCACGUGGGUACUCUCACCUGAGGUAGACGUUGCGCGUGAUCCGAGAAACGGUCGCGUUGGUGAAACGUACGGCGAAGACCCCUGGAUGAACGGUGAACUUGCCGCGGCCUACAUCGGUACCGUCCAAGAAAAGGACUCCGACGGAUUCAUGAAAGUAGCCACUACGAUCAAACACUACGUCUUUGGUACAUCUACUGGUGGCGUUAACCAGGGCUCAAUCCUUGGCGGCAAGAACCACAUUUACAAUAUUCUAGCGCUCCCAUACAUCAAUGUUCUCCAGAAGGUCACUCCGGCCUCGCUGAUGCCGUCUUAUGCCACCAUCGAUGGCGUCCCCGCCCACCAGCACAAAUUCCUAUUACAAGAUCUACUCCGCCAACAACUCGGGUAUAAUGGCGUUAUAGUAUCUGACGCGGACGCCAUUGUCAUGCUUUACGACACCCACAAGACGGCCAGCACGCUCAAUGACGCCGGAAUUCAAUCCUUGGAGGCUGGCGUGGAACUCGAACUUGCGAUCCGAUUUCCCACGGCCUUCGAGUCUCUCUCCGGCAAUCAAACAGUUGAGGGCGUGGCUGGAAAUGUGAACGAGGCAGUGUCGCGUCUUCUCAACCUGAAGUUUGAAUUGGGCCUCUUCGACAGGGACCUCUCGGCGAACACCACUGCCCUGACUGAGGUACUGAGGUCCGAGGAGCACCUGGAAGCCAACGAGCGCAUCACGAGCGAAUCCAUUGUUCUGCUCAAGAAUGAUGGCAUACUUCCUCUAUCUGCAAACCAGAAAGUGGCUGUUUUGGGUCCUCUUGCUGAUGUUGUCAAUACUGGCACUUAUGCUGCAUGGACAAAUGCCGAGAAUGGAAACCUCACUUUCUUGGAUGCAAUUACGGCGACCCUUGGUUCCGACAACGUCAAACAUGUCAAAGGCGUUGAGAUUACUUCGGAAGAGAACUCAAGUAUUGACGAGGCCGUCGCAGCGGCUAAGGACGCAGGCAUAGCUAUCGUUGUCAUUGGUUCUGUCGCGGUGGGCUACGAGGACAGUCUUGUCAAUGAGCGAACAGAUGGAGAAGGACUCACUCAUGCGUCUCUGAAAUUUCCUGGACUUCAGGGGGAUCUAUUGAGCGCUGUGAUUGGAUCUGGUGUCCCCACUAUCAUCGUCCUUAGCGGUGGUCAGGCGUUCGAGCUGUCGGGCGUUGCUCAGGAUUCCCAAGCCAUCUUGCACACCUUCCUCGGCGGCGAGUUUUCAGGACGCGCGCUAGCCGAUAUCUUGAUUGGGAAAACAAACCCCAGCGGCAAACUCACCAUCUCAUUCCCUGCCUAUUCAGAGGUUAAUCCGGUUUACUACAACCACGAACCCAGUGACUGGCAGGCUGCAGGGGCUAUUCAAUUCCCGUAUCUCUCACACAACUAUCUUUACCCUUUUGGUCACGGACUCAGUUACACUACUUUCAACCUCAGCAGUCCUAGUCUUGACAAGACGACUUAUGGCAAGACCGAUACUAUCAAAUUGAGUGUGACCGUCUCCAACACCGGGUCUGUAGAUGGGAAGCAAGUUGUUCAGGUGUACUUCAGGCAGCAGGUUGCCCCUCUGUCGCUUCCAGUAAAACGACUGAUUGGGUUUUCGAAGGUUGAUGUGCCUUCCGGUUCAUCGAUUGAUGUUGGAGUUGAAAUUCGCGUUGCCGAACUGGGUUACUGGUUGGAAGGAGAGUACAGAGUUGACUCAGGUGGAUAUGAGAUUUUUGUUGGUGACAGCUCCGACGAUAACAGCCUUAGCGGCCCUGUGGCUAUUCACAUUGAGUAG